GUCAUCGUCGUUGUAGUUGUCGUCGUCGUAAUCGCAAGUGCGCGCCGCUGCUGCUGCUGCUGCCGCGGCCGUGGUGCCGCCACCGUUAAGGACAUUCUGACGUCGACGUCGCCUGGCUCUGGUUCUGGCUCUCCGUUGCCGCUGCGCUGCUGUUGUUACCGUUACCUUUGGCCGCCAGAGCGGCUUUGCUCACCAAGUGGCGACUCGACGGCACGGCAACUGGGCCCCAAAAGCCAGUUGGCAGUACCAGCGACCAGUUGGCAGCUCCUUGGCCAGAAUUAUAUUGCCAUUAUUCCGUUGCCUUCGGGCCAGACCAAGAAAACAGUUAACCGUUAACGGUUAACACGGUGUGCCUUGCUGCCUUGCCUCUUCCGCCCCCGUGUGCGUUUUUAUCACCGCCGACCGUCCGUCGUCUCGUCUGUCGCAGUCGUCUACGUCGCUACGUCGCAACGUCGCUGCUUACGCAUAUUUCAGCCAGCCAGCCAGCCUCCUUCCUGUGUGUGCGUACGUGUGCGUGUGCCUGUGCGUGUGUGUGUGUGGGGGCGGGGGCAUGUGUGUGUGUGGGCAGAGCGGUAACGGGUCCGGGGCCGCACUCGGAAACAGAGACUCCGGAGUCGCUUUUUGCGGUCGCGCGUGUUUAAUUAAUCAUAAAAUUCACAUCAAAAUGCAAAAACAACAACGAAAGUAACUCACAGCAGAGGAGAAGAGCGGAGAAGAAAGAAGUAGAAGAAAAAAGAAGGAGAGAGCAAACCAAGAGAGGGCUAACAAAAUGUGCAAUAAACUUGAUUUUUAAUAAGCAACAACAAUUUUUUGAAUACUUAUAAAUUCUGUGUGAAAGCAACGCAUCAUCUUAAUCUCAACGAUUGCCGUCGGCAAGAUACUUUCGACAAAGGAGAUACUUUCCAGAGAUGCAGGUCCGGAGCGGAUAGCCAGGAUCCUUCAAGGAGGAAGGAGUCAAAACCCCCCAGCAAAGGGUCCAGUCCAUGAGCAGAAGGCCAGAAAUCGGCAGCAAUCGUGCUCAGGAGGUGGCAGGCUUCCGAUCGAGAGAGGAUAAUGUGUUCAAUAUUUCGCAAUCGCAUCAAUUAUCGGGGCACAGGCACCAGGACCUCGGGCUCAGCCGGCGGCGAGAGGGAUAGGGAGAAUCUCCUGGCCAAGGAGCUGGAUGCGGACAGCAACAACAAUGGCGGGAUCGAGGCGGCGACUCCCCCCGAUGUCGAGCCCGAGACCGAGCCCGAGACGGAGCUGCACGAGCUGGAGGCCACCGAGCGGGAUGCAGAGUUGGAGGACGGGGAGGCCUCGGGGUCGGCGUCGCCGGAGCCGGAGAACAGCAACGAGGCGCUCGAUCUGUCGGUGAUCUCGGCCAGCAGUCGACUGCCCACCAGCGGUCACGUGGCCCUGGAAGCUUUACAACAUACCAAAGUGGCGGUGGCCCAGUUCGCGGCCACCGCUCUGGCGGGCGCUGCGGCGGGAAACCAGCGGCCCGCCGACCUGGCCAUGGUGCAGUCCACCAUCUUCAAUGUGCAGCGCCAGCACCUGAUGCAGCUGCAGCUCAUCCAGCAUCUACAGAGUCAAUUGAAGCGCGCCGAGGCAGCGGCCCUCGGCAGGCAGGCCGAACAGAACGAGGAGGAGCAGCAGCCCGACGAGGAGGAGGAUGAACAGGAUCAGGAACAGGAACAGGAACAGGAGGAGGAAUCGCCAGAGCCCACCAGAGAGCAGCGGGCCCAGAAUGGCAUGCGGCAGGAGCAGCAGCAGCAGGAGCAGGAGGAGAACGAGCUGCGGCGCGAGGAGAGUUCAAAGACUGAAAAGAGAGAGGAAAGCGAAAGGGAAAGGGACGGGGAAGGCUCCGACUACCUGAUGUGCGGCGACAUCAGCUCGAGCCUGGCCUCGAGCAUCAUCACCAACCACGACCCGCCGCCGGCCCCCAACGAGCCCAACUGCCUGGAGAUGCUGCAGCGGCGCACCGAGGAGGUGCUGGACUCGGCCUCCCAGAGCCUGCACGCCGCCCAGAUGCAGGAGGAGUACUCGGAGUACGCCUCCAAGGAGGCGCAGAGCCGCGGCGAGAUCUUCAAGCAUCGCUGCAAGUACUGCGGCAAGAUCUUCGGCAGCUACUCGGCCCUGCAGAUCCACCUGCGGUCGCACACCGGCGAGCGGCCCUUCCACUGCAACGUCUGCGGCAGCAAGUUCACCACGAAGGGCAACCUCAAGGUGCACUACCAGCGGCACACGCAGAUCUUUCCCCCCAUGCUCAUGCCGCCCGUGGUGGCCGCCGCCUCGAACGGCGGUGGCCAGCCGCCAGCUCCGUCUGAGCAGUUUGCAGCGCUGAAUCCCAUACGCCUGCCCUUUGUGCCGCCGCCACCACCGCCCAGCGGACAGGAGCCCAGUCCCCUGCAGCAUCUGGAGGAGAUGGAGGAGAACCGCAUGGAGCAGCAGCAGCCUCAGCAGCCUCAGCAGCCACUGCAGGCAGAGGAUCUGAGCAAGCCAGGACCAAAGGAGAAGGAAACCCUGAGGGAAAAGGAGAAGGAAAAAUCGCACUCGCCCGUAGAGCGGGCCAAGACGCCCAAAGAGGUGGCCCCAGAGCUGAGCAGACACCAGCCAGUCCCGGAGCCCGUGGCGGAGAAGCCAGAGAGGGAAACGGCCAAGCCAGCGGCGCCACCGCGACGCAACGGAAGCGUCCGGAAGCGGCAGACGAGCAGCGCGGGCAGUCCGCCCAGCGAGGAGCGGGAGCGGGAGCGCGACCUGGCCGAGCACAUGCACAUCGCCAAGCUGGUGCGGCGCUCCUCGUCGACCAGUCGCGAGGCGCCCGGCGAGUACUCGCUGGCCCAGAUGGAGCGCAUCAUCGACAAGUCGUGGGAGGAUCUGAUCGAGAUCGACAAGACGUCGGAGACGUCGAAGCUGCAGCAGCUGGUGGACAACAUCGAGAACAAGCUGACCGACCCGAACCAGUGCAUCUUCUGCCAGAAGGUCAUGUCCUGCCGCAGCUCCCUGCAGAUGCACAUCCGCACGCACACGGGCGAGCGGCCGUUCCGCUGCAAGAUCUGCGGCCGGGCGUUCGCCACCAAGGGCAACCUGAAGGCCCACAUGAGCAUCCACAAGAUCAAGCCGCCGAUGCGCAGCCAGUUCAAGUGCCCCGUGUGCCACCAGAAGUUCUCCAACGGCAUCAUCCUGCAGCAGCACAUUCGCAUCCACACCAUGGACGACGGCAGCGGCGGCGGGCAGCAGGCGCCGCCGCCCCAAGGCGACGCUGACCGACUGGGCAUCGAGGAUCAGAACUCGAACAAGUCGCUGGGCACCUCGGAUACCCUGGACUUCUCCACCACCAUCUCGGAUCACUCGGGCCAGCGCUCGGAGUCGUCGCAGGGCGGCGACUUUGAUGAGUUCAUGACCAUGGACAGCACGGACGAUUCCAGGGACAACUCCAGUGCCGCCACAGCCACGCCGCUUCCCUUGGAGAGGGACAGGGACAGGGAGAGGGAGCGGGAGCGGGAGAGGCGGGCCCCCAAUGAUGGCUGCGAUGAACGCUCCAGAUCCGAGCUGGAUAUGACUGGCGCAGGAGGACGCAGCGAGAGCGGCGAAAUGCCAGCCAUGGAUCUCUCCUCGCCCUCAUCUGCCACGGCGCGACUCUUCAAUGGAGCACCAGGCGCUGGCGCUGGCGCUGGGGCUGGGGCUGGCCUGCCCCUGCUCGGCAUGCCCAUGGCCCCCAAUCUGCUGCUGAUGGCAGCGGCCCGCGAGGAGAUGCACGCCCUGGGCCAGGCCCAUGCCCAUGCCCAUGCCCAUGCCCAUGCCAAGUUCCCCCUGCUGCCGUUCGGCCCGCUAGGAUUUAUGGGCCUGCAUCCGCCCCCGAAUGUGUGCAAUCUGUGCUUCAAGAUGCUGCCCAGCCUGGCCGCCUUGGAGAGCCAUCUGCAGAGCGAACAUGCCAAAGAAGUCACCGGUCCACAGACCCACUCCCACAGAGCCCAUUGCAACCCCGACGCUGGAUCGCCCUACGGGGCCAAGCUCACUCUCAAUCCAAAUCUGUUCGCAAAGAAGCCGCCGGCGCCGCCGCCACCCCCAGCAGCAGCAGCAGCAGCAUCGGCGGGCGACAAGUUGCCCAGCCCCAGAGUGUCCCAUGCGCAGCCCCUGGAGGCGACGCCCAUCAAAGAGGAGCCCGAGCAGGAUCAGCUCCUGGGCGAAGAGGCUGCUGCCGGCGAGGGAGGGGCAGCAGGAGCAGGCAGUAACAACUAUCCACAGGAUGCCAUCGAUGCCGAACAGUCGCUGAUGAAGAUGCAGUUGCAUGCCCAUCGGUUCCCGGCCAGUCCGCUGGACUUCCAGCAGGCUCUGAUGUCCGCCGGUCCGCCCACAUCCAGCCUGGAUCCGCCCGUGAACAACAAGCACUUCUGCCACGUCUGCCGGCGCAACUUCAGCUCCAGUUCGGCGCUGCAGAUCCACAUGCGCACCCACACGGGCGACAAGCCUUUCCAGUGCAACGUGUGCCAGAAGGCAUUCACCACCAAAGGAAAUCUGAAGGUGCACAUGGGCACCCAUAUGUGGACGAAUCCCACGUCGCGUCGCGGUCGUCGCAUGUCGCUGGAGCUGCCCAUGCGUCCGGGGCCGGGGCAGGGUCCGGGUGCGGCACACGGUGGACCCACGGCCGAGCAGGAGUUCAUGCAGCGACGACCCGAGCUCUUUUUCCCCUACCUGCCGCCCUUUUUCAAUGGACUGCCACCAAAGCCUGGUGAGCUGAGUCCCGGCGCCUUUGCCAACCUACCGCCGCCGCCCUUUGCCAACGGUGGCAAAUAUCCCUAUCCGCCUGGACUCCUGGGCUUUCCCGGCUUCUUGGGCCAACAUCCCUACGCCAUGGAGCGUGGCAGCAGCAGCAAAUCGCCCACACCCGAGCCGGCGCAGAGUCCUUCGCUGCGCGACGACGAGCUGGCCAGCAAUAUUUGGCAUCCACUCAGUCGCAUCAAGAUGGAGAACAAUCAAAGCGAAGCAGUGGGCCACAGCCUACACGAGCAGGAGGAGGGCGACGGGGAGGCAGGUGGCGGCGCGUUGGAGCCCGAUGAGUCAGAGUCCCGCGAUGCGGACAAGUAACCGACCAGCAGCAGCAGCAGCAGCAGCAGUCCUGGUCUUGGAACACACAUGGUUUUUUGUGGAGUACAUAUCUUGAGCAUAACCCUCUAACGCUAAGCUUCAACUAGCACAGACACAACAGAGACACAAACACAGACACAACACACACACACACACACACACACACACAGAAUCCCACACACAAUAUAUAUACGAGUAUAUCCUUUGUGUCUAUAUAUACAUACCUACGGUAAUUGAUAGCGAUCUUCAAGGCAUUUAAAUGCAUUAAGUUUAGGCGAUAAGUUGUAUAAAUGGCAGAGCAGAGCAGAGCAAGAAGCAAGAAGCAAGGAAGUUCCCUGCCCCACCCCACCCCCUGGAGUAACGCAGUGGAAGAACUUAACUAAUUUUAUGGCUAUACCUAGAUAUAUAUAUAUAUAAAUUAUAAUAUAUACAUACGUACAUAUAUAUAUAUAUAAAUACACGUAAUGUAAACUGUGGUAGUUGCAUAUAAAAAAUUGAAAAAAUUUAACAAUUGAUAUCGAGCAUAUCGAUAACCGAUAGACAGAGAGAGAGGUGCGAAUCGCGAGGAGAAAUGAUCAAAAAUAAAGCCGGCGGUGCAAAAUUGC